CGUUGGGAUGUGCGAUUCAGUCGAGCCAAACAGUCUGCAGAAGCUGUAGGCGACUCCAAGUCGGACGAGUCGACUACGUUAAAUCAAAAGAAAGGAACAAUCGACGCGAACACGACCUUCACCCGGCGGUCGUUUCAACUCCAGGUAGAUAGCACCGUGUCUUUGUUCCGAAAAAGUGAGGUGACACGGCACGACGAUGGAGGUGGGAAACUUGGGUCCGGUGGUCCACGCCAUCCUUGGAAUACUUGGGAUAUCCUUGAUCGUGUAUUUCUGGCGUGUUUUCACUCUGAUGCUAUUCAUGACGAAGAACAAAGUUCCGUACGAGAUACCAUUGCCGUUCAUCGGUAACAUGUUGCCAACUCUGACGAAGAGGAUAUCCUUCGGCGAAUUCUUCAUUAACCUUUACGACAAGUUCCCCGAGGCGAAGUACUUCGGUGUUUUUCAGUUCGGCAAGCUCGAGUACGUGGUACGCGAUCUCGACAUGAUCAAGUCCGUGACGGUAAAAAACUUCGAACACUUUCCGGAUCACAUGGCAUUCGUAGACGAGGUGAGCGAUCCUCUCUUCGGUGGUAAUUUAUUCCUGAUGAAGGGCGAACGUUGGAAGGAAAUGCGAUCCAUAGUCAGCCCGGUAUUUACGUCGAGCAAAAUGCGGGGCAUGUUCGAGCUGAUAUCGGAAUGCGCGGACAAUUUGGCCUCGUACCUCCUCAAGCAACCACGCCCACUGACCUUGGAGAUGAAAGAUGUUUUCACCCGAUACACUAACGAUGUAAUAGCUACCACGGCAUUCGGAAUCGAUGUGGAUUCUCUGGAGAAUGCCGAGAACGAAUUUUACUUGAUGGGCAAGGACGCCACGUAUUUCGGGGGACUGCGCACCAUCAAAUUGUUCCUGUUCAUAUGGAGCCCCGUGGUAAUGAGGAUACUCGGACUUACGUUUCUGUCGAGGAAGGUCAGCAAGUUCUUCUGCGACCUCGUCGGUGACACAGUUUCGACCAGGGAAAAAAACGGGAUCCAAAGACCAGAUCUGAUCAAUCUUCUGAUGCAGGCAAAACAUAAACAAACCGAUGAAAAGCUCACGAUCAAAGAGAUAACCUCGCAAGCAUUUAUAUUUUUUGUCGCUGGAUUCGACACGUCGUCCACAUUGAUGUGUUUCACUAGCCACCAGCUAGCGAUAAAUCCAGAUAUUCAAGAUAAGCUGAUAGCGGAGAUAGACGACGCUGUCGAAGAGGAAGGCGGCAAACUUUCUUACGAAAAAGUUAACCAACUCAGGUACCUCGAAAUGGUAUUGAACGAAACUCUUAGGUAUUACCCUCCCGCGGUUGUAACCGAUCGCAUCAACACCCAUGUAAGCUCCGAAUUUCCACCAGCAACAGAAGGUGGCAACCCGAUCCAAAUUAAACCGGGCAGCCGCAUCUUGAUUCCUAUUAUCGCGAUACACAGAGACCCAAAGUAUUUUCCGGACCCGCAGAAAUUUGACCCCGACAGAUUCAGCCCGGAGAACAAAAACAAUAUCAACCCUUUUGCUUUCAUACCGUUCGGUGCCGGGCCAAGAAAUUGUCCAGGGAACAGGUUCGCAUUGAUGGAAACUAAACUAGUGCUCUGCAGCAUCCUGAGGAAGUUCAAAUUCCGAGUCAGUGCCAAGACUCACCUGCCACUUGUCCUGAGCAGAAGCACCAUUUCCAUGACUGCGGAACAUGGAUUCUGGCUGGACCUCGAACCCAGAAUCACAUCGACCGCUUAAAAAUAUCUAAGCUAGUAACGAGUGUGACUUGCUUCCACGUUUUUGUUUUUUCAACUAUAUUCCGGACUGUAGUUUGGCGGAAUAAAUUCUCUCAGGGUUUUUGUAGGGAUAUUUUGUUUCUGGUCAAAGUGUCUGAGAUCAAGUUUAGAUGAGGAUAGGGAUCCGCUAACUUAGACUGAAGUAAUUAUAGAUAUAAAAAUUAAUUUUUGUCACAAUUCUAUACAAUACAACAACAUUCGUAAAGGAGAUAUCCGAUCGGUAUGAUACAAACUUCGCAUGUGGAACAGUGUACAUGCAUUACGAGGAUAGCAAUUUUCUCAUAACAUAAUCGUCUACGUAAUCUGCCUUGUUGACGAAUUGCGUCUGAUAUACGUACGGGCGAUCCGACAAAAAAGAAAUAUGAUUAAAUAAGUGCUCUGUACAAUUCGACAGGCUACUGAUCUAUUCAAUCGAACAAUUAAACCAAUGAUAUGGAAUGGUGUACAUUAUCUAGACCUGAAAUGAUCGCUCAUUGAUUAGACAGCGAUAAUCAAUAAAGAAAAAAAUCUACUGUUUCCUUACCACUCGAUCAUCUGAAGAAGAGACACAUGGUCAACUAAAUCAACAAAAGUUGUUGCAAAUUACAAAUCUAUCGCCGAUUGUUAUAGGGAAGAAUUUCGUCUGUCGUCAUUUCUUGACGAUACGAAAAUAAUGAAAUGACCCAAGUGCGUCGCAGCACGUGUGAUAUCCGUACGAUAUCUGUUGUAAAAUCGUCGCACGAUCUCAGUCUCUCCUAAUACUGCUCUGCUCUGAAUGGUAACUACGCCCAUACGUAUUGCGUAAUCCUCGACACGUAAUAUAACAAAUACGCUCUGUAGUCUGAGCAGAGAGAGAGAGAGAGAGAGAGAGGAAGAGAGUGGUUCUCAACGAGCGUUUUACCGGGUACGAAAAGACUUGCAAGGGUAACGAAAUCGAUAAGAUCGACACGGCGUUGAUGAGUCAAGAUCUUCUCGAACUUGAUUUUAUUCUUCGAUCGUUCGCAUGUGGGUUUGCGUCGAAUUGGUAUUGUGAUAAGAAAAAUCGAGAGAGAGAGAGAGAGAGAUAUACUAAAAAUGAUAUCAACUAAUGCAUUAUACAGCCUGUAGAGAGCGCCUACCGUCACAGAGAGAGAGUCUAAUCGUGUCACGUGAUUUUGGUACGCUCACCGUUCCCUUCUCAAUCAUUGGACAGUGUAUAAUAGCCGCAGGUAACAGAGGACCUGAAUCCACAGAGUACGCCGUUUUGUUGGGGCUUCGCUAAUCAGGAUCAAAGGCUCCUGCCGGGCAGGAAGAUACAAAGACCGAUAAAAGUGGUAAAACGUUUUGCGCCUUGUACGUUUUGGGAGACGCAAUGUUCGAAGAAGACGUUGCCUCGUGGUACUGGCUGACAUUUUUGGUCUGCAUGAUCGUCGGUUGGAUCGGGACUCGCAUGAGAAUGCGUAUCGUCAGACGAACUGGAGUGGAAGGAGUUCGAGAAGCGGUGGGAACUUCGGCACCCGACGCUCUUAAUGACCGGACAAAACAAGACUGACUCGAAAAUCCAUAAACAUAUAUAUACAUCUUCACGAUCCCGCUCAAAUGCUACCUUGGCGACUUCAAACGUUUCGAACGUACUUCAGAUUUCGGCGAGAUUACAAUCGCUGAAUAUAAAUCAAGACUAUUUGAUCGAUUGAUCGAUCGAUUGAUUUUUUUUGUUGUAUUUCGUAAAUAAAAUUCUGGAAUGUC